AUGCUCUGCCAGGAAUCGUUCAAUAGCAUCGACGCGCUGUGCCACCUGAUGCCAGGGGUUUGCAGGUCUCAGAUGCGCCUCUUCUUGGCCCUGACGCACCUGCCACGGUUGCGGGAGUACCUGAAGGUGUACAAGCGCUGCGAGAGGCUGUUGCUCUUCAACGCGGACUGCCCCACUGGGCGCUACGCCUUGAACAUGUCGGUGCCUUCCGACUACGCGGUGGCGGAGAUGCUGAAGAUGCUGGACGCGUGGGAGGCGAGCAUGGCCAAGGAAGCGGGUCUGCAGGAUCGCUCCCAGUAUGGCAACUGGUCGAGCGUGCGCAACUGCACCUACCUGAACCAGAGCCUCCUGUCCCUCACGGACUGUCUUCUCCCCAACCACGAGACGCUCCGCCUGGACUUCGUCACCUGGCGCCGGCCGAAGGACGCCCGAGCACUUCCGGCCGACAGGUGGGAGGGCAUGAUGGUCCACCUCUCACAGGCGCCUUUGGCCUCGAAGGCCAAGGCGCAGGCACUGCGCGGAGUUGCAGACCGCAUCUUCCUGACCUCCAUGCAGUGCCGGCAGCUCCUGGGGAUGUUCGAGGAGCGCAGCUCACGCGUGGAGGCGCUGUGUAGCCUGGUUCUGCGCCUCACCGACCCUCAGAACAUGAAGAUGAUUGCUUCACGUGUGGAGUGGGACGAGUGGGAGGAGCUGCGCGGACGUUUGGGAACCCUGUCGCUCUUUCCGUACAUCCAGCCGGAGCAGCACCAGUUCGUGCUCGACACGUCGCGGUACGAAGACCGCAUCGCUGCAAGCCUGGUGGUUCGAAUGAACAUGAAGGAGUCCAAGCGCUUGGGGAACAUCCGAAAUCCCAGUUUGGUUCUCAUCGGCGGGAACCAGUUCCAGUUCGAUCGCGGUGUUCCGGCUGGGUGGACAAACACUUCGGCCAUCCCGCAGGGCACCUUGCGCCUGCAGUACAUGUGCGCGCCCGAGGACCACUUGAUAGAUUUCCGCUACGAACUUCUGGCGCAGUAUGGGGGCUGGCAAGCGGACCCGAAGGCCAAAAUCAUUUGGUGGGCUUACCUGCAGGCGGUGCCGGAGCCUGUGGUCACCUUCCUGAUCCAUGUCUUGCGACACUUCCGGGACGACCUGCGGGCGGCCUUUCAGAUGAUCGAUGGGCAAGCUGACACCGGCAACGGCAAGCUGACACUGCGGGAGUUCAAGCUGGCGGUGGCGAGCCUGGGUUGGAAGGAGUUCAUGGACCCCGAGCGCGCGACCCAGAUCUUUCGAUAUCUGGACCCUGACCGCGGAGGCACCAUCUCCUACGCGGAGUGGCAGGUCAUGGAGGAAUUCUUGAAGGAGCUCCAGUUGUCCAUCCUGGAGCUCUUGCAGCACGUGUACUGUACCUUCGGGAGCGUGGAGGUAGCCCACGACUUCCUUGACAAGGACGGUAGCUCCUCCGUGGAUGAGGAGGAGUGGGCACAGGCCACGAAGGAGAUGGGCUACUUUGGGCCCAGCGGCAUCAUCUACAAGUACCUGUGCGCUGACCAGGUGCAGGGGCAGACCUCCGGCCUCACGAAGGAGAGGUGGCAGAAGGCAGUUGACAUUUGGACGAGGCGCAAGAUCAUCUUCCAGCGGAUCCUCGGCUGA